AUGGGACAAAUUCUUUCCCAACCAAUAACUGAUAAAAUUACAGAAUCUGGAGAAAAUAAAUAUGUUGCAUUUGGUUUAUCAAAUAUGCAAGGUUGGAGAGUUAGUCAAGAAGAUGCUCAUACUGUAAUUCCAAAUUUAUCAUUAUCAUCAGAAGAAGAAGACAAAGAAAAAUCAGAACCAAUAAAUUCAAAUUCACCAGAAAAGAACUCGACUACUGAAGGAGAAUCCAAUUUUGCAUUUUUUGGUGUAUUUGAUGGACAUGGUGGAGAUAAAACUGCCAUUUUUACAGGAGAUAAUAUACAUAAAAUAAUUAAAAGCACUAAAGAAUUUAAGAAAGAAGAUUAUAUAAAAGCUUUAAAAGAAACAUUUUUAGCAUGUGAUCAAGAAAUUAUAAAAUCACUUCCAAAUGAAGAUAGUGGAUGUGCUGCAACAACAAUUCUUAUAAUAAAUGAUAAAUCAAAACAAAUUUCAAAUCAAAUCUUUUGUGCAAAUGCUGGUGAUUCAAGAACUGUUAUGUCCAUCAAUGGGUCAUCAAAAGCAUUAUCAUAUGAUCAUAAACCUACUAAUGAAGGUGAAAAAGCAAGAAUUGUUGCUGCUGGUGGGUUUGUUGAUAUGGGAAGAGUGAAUGGUAAUCUUGCAUUAUCUCGUGGUAUAGGUGAUUUUGAUUUUAAAAAAAAUCCAGAUUUGCCAGCAGAAGAACAAUGUGUUACAGCAUUACCAGAUGUUUUAAAUCAUACAAUAGAUUAUAACAAUGAUGAAUUCAUUAUAUUAGCAUGUGAUGGUAUUUGGGAUUGUUUAACUUCACAACAAGCAGUUGAAUGUGUAAGAAGAGGAAUAUAUGAAAAAAAAUCUUUAACUACAAUUAGUUGUGAAAUUAUGGAUUUAUGUUUAGCUCCAACUUCAGAUGGUAGUGGUAUUGGUUGUGAUAAUAUGUCAAUAAUUAUAGUUGCAUUAUUAGAUUAUUCAAAAAAUGAAACUUUAGAGGAAUGGUAUUCAAGAAUAAUUGAAAAAAUUAAAAAAGAAAAUAAUGAUAAUAAUAACGAAGAGAAUAUUAAAGGUAUAUCAAAACCAUAUCAAGAAAUACAUACUGAAAUGUAUGGUGAUCAUCAAAUCGGUAAAUUUUCUCAACCAUCAACAACAACAAGUUUUAAAAAUAAAUUAUCAAAUAAUUUUUCAAAUGAUGAUGAAUUAAAUGAAAAUGAAAAUGAAAAUAAUGAAGAUGAAGAUUUAAAUAAUAAAGAUUUGGAUAAUAAUGCAAUUUCUUUACAAAGAUUAUUAAGUUCAAAUGCAAUUACAAAUGAAAAUGGAGUAAUAUAUUUAGAUACUUCUUCAGCUCAAUCUUUAUUAGCUCAUUUUGGUGUUAAUGAUUCAACAACUAAUCAAAUUGAAGAAGUAUCAGAAAAUGAUAAAAGUGAAGGUGAAGGUGAAGAAGAAGAGUAA